AUGCACACCAAGUCUAUCAUCGCCGGUCUCUCCCUCGGAGCUCUCUCCCUUCUGCCUUCUUGCCCUGCGCCCCCUGUCGCCGGUCUGGUCAUCACCGGUCUCGCAGCCCCCCUGGCUGGCAACUUGCUCUACAUCGGUCUGAAUGGCAACGUGAAGCGUUCGGCCUCUGCCGAUGUUGAGAGCGAGUCUCUUGCCAAGCGCCAGUCUUGGCCCGGUGUCCCCGACUACAACAUCCAGAUGUGCCACGAUGCCAACGUCGGCCGUACUGUGACCGUCACACAAACCUCUACCACCUCCAUGCGCAUCGAGAACGUCGCCCCCGAGUGCAUGAACCUUGCGGCUCUCUUCACUGAGCAGGGAACCCCCGUCCCCUGUGGCUCUGCUUGCCUCGACUACGUCAACCUCAGUGCAGCCGACAACCAGAAGCUGAAGGACAUCAUCAACAACCUUCUGUAA